CCGCCCCUCCCGCAGCCCGCCGCCGCCGCCGCCGCCCGCUCCGUGGCCACUGCAGUGCCCCUGGCCCAUGUAGAGGUGGAGGGUCGCAGGGAUCGGUCACCCCUCGUCCUGCUCCACGGGCUCUUUGGCAGCCGUGGCAACUUCCAGACAGUGGCCAAGACACUGGUGCGCCGUGGUAGCGGCAAGGUGCUGACAGUGGAUGCCCGGAACCAUGGCAGCAGCCCCCACAGCCCCGUGAUGACGUAUGAAGCGAUGAGCCUGGAUGUGCAGCACCUCCUGAGCCGCCUGGGCAUCACCAAGUGCAUCCUUGUGGGACACAGCAUGGGGGGCAAGACGGCCAUGACACUGGCCUUGCAGCGGCCAGACCUGGUGGAGCGUCUCAUCUCUGUAGACAUUGGUCCUGGCUCAACUGCCCCAGUGUCCGAAUUCUCUGCCUACAUCUCGGCCAUGAAGGAGGUGAAGGUCCCAGUGGGGCUGUCCCGCUCAGCAGCACGCCAGCUGGCAGAUGACCAGCUGCGGCCUGUGGUCAAGCUCCCACAGCUGAGACAAUUCCUCCUCACCAACCUGGUGGAGGUGGAGGGCCACUACGUGUGGCGAGUGAACCUGGAGGCUAUUUCGCGGCACUUGGCAGAUAUCAUGAACUUCCCUGUCUUCCACAAGCCGUAUCCUGGUCCUGCACUCUUCUUGGGAGGGUCCGAAUCGCCCUAUAUCAGCUCCAGAGACUACCCAGAGAUCCAACGCCUCUUCCCCAAAGCAGAAAUCCAGUACAUUAAAGGUGCAGGCCACAUAGUCCAUCAGGAUAAAUUUGAAGAAUUCGUCACUGCUGUCCUCAAUUUCCUGCCACAGCUGUAGCACUGGGGACCAGGGUUUCUGCAAGGACCAUGUGGGUCCUGAGGAGCUCUGGGCAGUGAUACAGGGCUCGGGCUCUGAGGAUGAGCUCAGCUCAGCUGUGCCUGGCUGCCCUCACUGCAGUCUCAUCCUGCCUGCAAGACCUUCUCCCAUCCAGUUCUCCUGCAGCCAGAGCAGAGAGGCACCUGCAUCCUGCUGAGAUCUCCUGCCACCUUGCAGGGACAUGGGGUGGCACUGGCUCAGGACACUGUCCUGCCUACACGGGGGUGUCAGGCACACAGAGGGGGCAGAAGAGCCCUCUUGUUUUCCUGCUGACAGACUCUUCCAUGGAUCUGGCUGUGACUUUGCAGAAUGUGCAAUAAAGCUGAAUCCAUGCCAAGGCAGAA